AAGAGCAAUCCGGAAGUUUGUCGCACAGUGCUUGGAAGCCCCUGCAUUCAGAGCAGCUCUGAAAAGAAAUCCUUCGUUCCUUUAUAUUUGGUAUCAAAAUGUUGACAUUUUCAUUUAUUGUUAAACAUGGGUAGCUGCGGUUAGUGACGUGACUAACGUUGGGCGGAAGAAGGGAUGGAGACGCCGCAGUUUAAUUCAUUCUGUCUUCGGAGAGUCUUCUGAUGCACUAUGAUCCCUGUGCCUCUGCUGGUGUUUGUAAUGGCAGGCUGGUGUGCUGUCUAUCUCGCCGACACACUCCUCAGGUCUUCAGUGACACAUCGGAUCAGCUACGAGUCAUGGUUGGCGAGUCGAGGGCUGAUGUUGUCUCCUUUUCAUGUGAGAUGGCAAACCACCAUGUUUAACCGGCUGUUUGCGUACUGCGCCCGGAUCAACCCUCGAGCCCUCUACCUAUGGUUCAACAGCGGUCUGGUGUUUGGUGUAGUUGCCAUGUUUGGAUCAGUGGUGCUGCUCAUAAAGACACUACAGCAGACGAUUGCUCAAAUGACCACAGACAACCCUCGAAUGGGAAGUCAGCAAGCCCUGCAGGUGGUGGUCCCUGGUGUCAAUCUGCCCACCAGUCAGCUGGCCUAUUUCUUCAUCGCCCUACUGGUCAGUGGAGUCAUUCAUGAGCUGGGCCACGCUGUGGCAGCAUUGAGAGAGCAAGUGCGAGUAAACGGCUUCGGCAUGUUUGUGUUUGUGGUGUAUCCCGGUGCAUUUGUGGACCUUUUCACCACACACCUCAACCUCAUUUCUCCUACUCAGCAGCUCCGCAUCUUCUGUGCCGGAGUGUGGCACAACUUUGUCCUGUGUGUGGCAGCGUUAGCCUUCCUCUUCCUGUUGCCUCUUUUCCUGUUUCCUGUUUACUCCACCGGUGUUGGGGCCCUGGUCACCGAGGUUGUCCAGGGCUCUGCGGCCGACGGUCCCCGGGGUCUGUCAGUCGGGGACAUAGUAACGGGUCUGGAGGACUGUCCGGUCAGAGGAGUGGAGGACUGGAGCAGUUGCCUGUCUCACCUCUCUCACACUCCACAGACAGGAUACUGUGUACCCGUCGCCAGCCUGCAGCCCAGCUGGGCCCACGGACGAGCUUUCAAGCGUUUGGAUGGAACAAUGGACUGCUGCAGCAACAACAGCCUAACAGACCUCUGUUUCUCUUACAUGAAACCACAGGGCAGGAACGGCAGAGAGAGAGAGUACGCCUGUAUGCCGGUACGUAAGAUGGUGACUGGAACCCAAGUGUGUCGUUCAGACGUCGACUGCGCCUCGAAUUCCCACGCUGCCAGUGUUUGCGUCACUCCGUCUCUGGAAAACCAGACUCGCUUCAUCCGUGUCACACACCCGCCGAACACUCACAUGUUGUUUGUGGGGUAUCCGCCCCACCUUCAGUACGCUGUGAGUCUGACCAACUUUGUGCCCCGCUUUGGAUUCCUCCACCUGGAUCUGCCCAUCUUCUUGGAGACAUUCUGCAAAUAUGUGGUGUCCCUCUCCGGUGCGUUAGCUGUAGUUAACUCAGUGCCAUGUUUCGCUCUCGACGGACAGUGGAUGUUGAAUGCCCUGCUGGAGGCCACACUGGUUACUGUGGUAACGGACCGUCAGAAGCGUGAGCUGAUUGGUUUCUUCCUGCUGUUGGCGGGCAGCGCCCUGCUGGCAGCCAAUGUGGCUCUGGGCCUGUGGAUGGUCACAGCGCGGUAGCCACAGUGGUUAGCUGCUCUGGCAAGACAAAAAAAACUAAAUGAUUAAAUCCCCAUGUGGACUGAGAGUUGUUCUCUCAGGGUGUAUUUGACACGUGUGGACCAUUAAACUGUGAACAUAGAUGGAACAGACUGCACAUCCCAGCAGUACUGCCCAAUUUCUGAAGACUGUUUGAGCAGAACUCUGCCUUAAAGGCUUUAUUGGAUGACCAGGGAAAACAAUAAAGCAACUGACUUCCACUUUGUUGCUGCCAUAUACACAAAAGCACAUAUACAAAUAAAUAAUGCACUUGCCGUAAAGUCCUGUCCUAUAUGACUGUUUACAAAGACUGCACAAUCCCUCUAAAUCCUAUCAUCUGAACUGUGUUUGUGAUUGAAGUUUUCAAAGAAAACCAUCAGGGUUUUUCAAGGUUUGAUUCCAAAAUGCCAUAUUUUCCCCCUUUGGAACAACAGGGAGGUUUUGUCUGUCUUGGCUUCAGUGUAUUGCAGAGAGAUCAUUAUAGCUGCUGUACAGCACUGAAUCAGGACUGUAAUUUUGAGGAGAAAGACAAAUGAGAUAUUCAGAAGGGUCCAUUAGCAGAACUGUCAACACCAAGAUUAAACCUUGAAGCCAUGUCUCUAAUUCACACAAUGAGUAGAUAUAAGAUGUUUUUUCUGCCAUCACCUGGACAACUUUUGCUACUGAUGGCACGUCAUGAUUGUGCCAAGUUACCCAGAGCAGGUGGCUUCAUGCCAUCACUUAAGCAAUGACCAGGUUUGCAUGUAAAAGCAGACUGGUGGUGGUGUCAAAAAAAAUCAGUUAUCAAGACAAAACUUAGAGAAUGGACAGCAUGUCUGAAAUUUACUUUUACAAAGAUUGAUUACAUAAGAGAAAAAAUGUGUUUAAAGAUUAAAUUCAUUUUUUGAGUGAAAAUUUAAAAAAUUUACCACACUUCAUCAACCAUGAUGUCGUUUUUUUUUUCGGUUUAUACCAGUGUUCAGUCAGACAUGGUCCUGCACUGUGGAUUCAAUUUUGGAGUAUUCAAAAAUCUGGCUGGAUUGUUUGUAGAGGACAGACUGAAGAUGCUGUGCAGUCUGGUGUCAACAGAGCUAAAAAAUAUGGAAGGAUAAGGGUUUAAUUAGUUCUCCAGUUUUGGAGAAAAACUGAGUGAUUUAUUUUAUAAUUCCUUCCAUCUCAAAGCAUGUGAACAUUUCUGCUUAACUGGGCCAACAAUUUGGUGUUGGCGAAACAGAUGAGUUGUUAUGAAUUUUCAAAGCUUUAAACAGUUGAUGGUGGUAAUAAUAAUAAUAAUAAUUAUAAUUUCAAGUGGACCAGCAGAGCUGACGGGUCCUUAAAAAUGAAUCCGAGCAUUCUUAGGACAAAAAAAAGUUUUAAAAGCCUUCAUUUUAUCAGUGGACACAUGGCAAUACCUCGAUGUUCGAGUCCAUAUCAUUGUUUGGGAAAAAAAACAAAACAAAACUUUGCUAUCUAAUGUUUAUGUGCCUAUUUAAACAAAUACAUGAACUAGUUGAUCAAAUAAAAGGACUCAUAUCCAUUUCAGACUUCAUAAAAUGGGUCUCUCACCGAUUUAUUCAGUCAAGCCUAGCGUUUUUCUCUUUUUCAGGCAUUGUUGUGAGAAAAUCGUUUUCUCAAUGGCCUUUCACCCAACUCUGAGUGUAAAUUUCAUUUUAUUUAAUUGGUACGUCACUGUCUGUGAUCUGAUUUGUCAGAACUGUGGAAUAAAGGGUUAAUUUUAUUCGGGAGCACUAAGAGCUCUCUUUAAA